GAAGCACACAAUGCAGUUUCACUGUAGCGUUAUCCACCCAGGAUUCACGUUAUUGCCAGCUUUUCAGUUACCGUGAAAAAAAUAUGUAUAUAUUUAUCUGAUUUUGGCGAUCGGGAUUUAUUGCAACGUUUUAUGAAUUCCUCUAAAGACCACACUCGAGAGAUAACAUUCAUUUUAACUGCGCAAACAGGGAGAUAAUUGAACUUUCCCGGACUGAGUAGAUUAGACAGUGGGCCGCGGGAGGAGGAGGCUGGCCUGCGUUACGAGCGCUGACGCUGAAGCUGCAUGUCCGCGUAACUCGAGCCCGAGGCUUCGGGGCCUACACUGCUGUCGUCUAAUGGAGACCGGACCGACCGAGCAGAAGCUCGGAGAGAACGAUCGUUCGCAUCGGCAUCUUUUGAGUGGUGAAACUCGCAAUGUCUUGACACAAAGACAGUAACGUGGAAAGGAAAUAGCCUGAAGUACACAACAGCCUGUUUUUAUGGAAAACGCAUACUUAAUCCGCCCUCAUCAGACAGCAGUGUGCUGAUGGCAUGCAUUCUUCAAUGGCCACAAAGCUGUAAGCAGACACAUUAACUCCACUUUGAACUGGGAUACCUACAUUGUUCCAGGAGCUUUGGUUUCCUUCAGUAAAAUUAAGGUCCCUCUGCGGACCAAGGUUUUAGUGCCUUUUGUAGGGACUGUGUAGGGUUCACUUUGACAUGGAUGGGCCCAGUCGAAGCGGAGGGUUGAGACAGAGCCGUCGCUCCCGUUCUCAGCGUGAUCGAGAGCGACGCAGGAGGAGAGCAGACCUCGGGGCCUCAUCACCUUCCUCAGGCUCAGACCAAGAGCGUUGCAGAGACUCCCUGCUUGGUGCUAGCGGUGGAGAAUGUCGGCCCGUUUUUUCUGGUGCCAGGCACCGUCCUCCACGUCGGAGGAAAAGGGAAUCUGUAUCUUGUGAAGAAGACAUCAUCGAUGGAUUUGCCAUAGCCAGCUUUAUAAGUUUGGAGGCUUUGGAGAUGGAUUGUUCUCUGAAGCCGCCAGAGCGAGCUGGUAUGUUGAUGGGGAGAGGGAGCAAAAGGAAGAGAGGCCUGGAUGAGAAUGGAGGGCCACUCACAGAGCCAGAGGACGGAGCUCCAGCUACUUUUACCACCAGUAGCUGGGAGAAGCGUAGAAAUGAGAAGAAAAAGAGAGAGGCCAAGGUGUCAGGAAAUCUCAUGGAGACAGGAUACAUUUGUGAUGCAGAGAGUGAGUCAGGGGAUAAGGCUUCUGACAAUGAUAUGGAGCCUACAUUCAUUGUUAGCACUAGAGAAGUGUCCUCCAACCCAGUAAGUAUGGCGUCUACUGUGAGCAAUGGCUGCACCCUGUUGCCUUCAAACAGUGGGCCACCUCGUCUGUCAGUGACUCCCAGAGUCUCUGGCCUGGAGCGUAGUCAGGAGAGGAGUCUGGAGCUGCCAUACCCUGAAGCCACCUCUACCUCAUCCUCACUUCUGUUGCCCCGUUCUCCGGCCUCUGUCUCCACCUCAUUGGCUGAGCAAAAUGGAAAUGCCGCACCACACCACCGCCAUGAUUGCAGCCCUCCACAACAUAAACUGAAAUCGUUCCUUUCCUUCACUGGUCGCUCACAAGCUGUCUAUGGCACGGGUAGCAACAACAGGACCAGUACCUCAGUUAAGACUCCAUCUUCAUCCACCUCUUCAUCAAUUCGACCGCCCACUCCCUCUACUAGUGUGCCUGCAGGCCGAGGGCCAUCUGGGCCAUCUGGUGUGCUGCGGCCUUCAUCGCGCCCGAGCCCUGGUGCGCUUUUCACCCCUCCACCUGGUCUCCCACCACCACCUCCCCUUCUGCAGGUGUCCCCUCGCUCUUCAGCAGAUUCAGAGCUGCUCCGUCAGGAGCUGAGCUCGCACUUCCUGGCGCCUCAAAAUGCAGAUCGGGAAGGCAGAACCUCUGGAAGCAGUGCUGGAGUCAGUGCUAGCUCAGCAUCAGGUGCCGCCUCGGUUUCUUCCUCUAACUCUGGGAGUUCCAGCAGGACAGUGCAGGCCCAGACUUCUAUGCCACCACUGGCCUACCAAUUCCAUCAGCACAACCAUCAACACCAGCACACCCACACCCACCAACACUUUCUGCACCCACCUGCUGCAGCUCCUCCAAUGUUUGAGAAAUUUACAGGCAAGAUAGAUGGUCUCUUUCGACACCCAUUCUUUCCUCAGUACCCACCGCCUGUGCCUGGAAUCCAGCCUGUACUUCCCCCCACUGGACCAUUUAGUUCCUUGCAAGGAGCUUUUCAACCCAAGCUUGUUGCCCUCCAGGGAACUGCUCCAGAUAUGCCUGCUCGCUUGGGAGUUGUUCCUCCCCACCUCCAACCUAAAGACCCCAGGAUAACAGACCCGUUUGCACAACCACUAAAGGUUAAUAAUAAACCUGGAAAGUGGUGUGCUAUGCAUGUACGUGUGGCCUGGAUGAUUCUGAGGCAUCAGGAAAAAGUUAAGUUGAUGCAGGCAGAUCCUCAAAAGCUGGAAUUGCGUAAUGACUUGCUACCCCGUCUCCCUGGCCCUGGUGGUAUUGGAGGAAUAGGCAGUCUCGGAGCACUUGGAGGUCCUCUGCCUCCAACCCAUGAUCUCACUAGAUCAGGCAGUCUCUUUGCAGCUGCUAGUGGAGUCAAUCCUUCCUCCACUUCCUUCAUCCCUCCAUCAACGCCCCACUCCUCUUUCCUCACCCCAGCAACACAUCUGGAUCCAUAUGGCCGCUCACCCCCCUUUACACCGUUGGGAGCACUGAGUGCUGGUGCCUUUGGGGGACUGGGUAGCCCCUCACUAGGUGCUAGUUCAGUUUUUGGCCAUAAGGCAGAAUCCUCUGCAAGUGCUGUAGGAGGAUUGAGCAACCCACAUGAUCCUUGGAAUCGCAUGCAUGUUGCUCCUCAUUUCCCCUCAGGACCCUCUUGGCCCAAAGGACUAGAAAAAAGGGAUGACAGAGAUAGAGGUAAAGACAUGGGAGGAAGAGAACUGACUCAAAUAAAAGAUGAAAAAGACAGGGACAGUCUACUUUAUGGUCGUCAGCCUGUGCGAAUGUCCCCUGGUGCACUCAAACACCGCAGCAGCACUCCCAGCUCUCACAUGAAUGGGCUGGGCCCUUUAAACAUAGUUGCUGCUCAGUCUGAUGGACAAAACAGGGAUCGGGAACGGGAUCGUGAAAGGGAGAGAGAUCGAGAGUCAGAAAAAAGACAGCAUUCAUCCUCCAGGGUACCAGCAUCAACCUCCUCAGCACCAGACAGACCUCGUUCAUCCACGUCGUCUGUUCUUGCAACCCCUCCUCCAAAUGCUCCAUCAGCAUCCUCCCCUCUGGACUUGUUUGGUAGACAGGCACAUGCUCUCGGCUCAGACCCCUCCCAUCCAUCCCAAAGAGAGAGCAGUGGUCCAGCCUCUUCCUCCUCCUCAGUCAGUUCACUUCCCGUCAAGAAGCCUGACCGGACAACGACUCCAGUUUCUAAGCCUUCCACCACUAGCCUCCAUCCUGGGAUACUUCAUCCCCCAGUGAAAGUCAAGGAGGAGAGAAAGGAGGAGCCUGAACCAGUGCCCAUCUCCCUACCGCAUCCAGCCAUACCCCCUCAUAGUUUUGAGCGGCCUAACAGUCGCCAUACACACCAUCCUUCAACACCUUCUUCAACCCUUUCAUUGACUCCCACAUCUGGAGUGCCUCUUCCUCCUCCUACCCCACACCCUACCCACCAUCUUCCCCACCAUCUUCCACUUCUGGAUCGCUCCCGAUUAGCAAUUGAGGCUUAUCUUGGUGGGGGUGGGGGAUCAGCUGGACUAGUUGUGGGACCUCCGGCAGAUAGAUUUGCAGCCCAUCCACAUACACCACCUCAAGGCCACUCACAGGCUCCUCACAGCUUCCCCUGGGAUCCCUGGAGGGAACUUGCUGCACAGCAGCAGCAACAGCAGCGUAGAGAGAUCUUGGCCCAGCGGCCAGAUCAUCAUCUUGCACUGCGCGCUGAUCCGCACUUGUCCCGCCUACUUCAACAUCCGCACGCCCGAUACCUUGAGGCAGAGAGAGCAGCUGCUGUAGCGGCAGCUGUGGCAGUGGGCCCACAUCAUCCGGCGGCACCUACUUCCACUUCAGCUUCAUCCUCUGCAACCCGGCCAGAAUUUGGGUUGAUGUCUCAUCCUUUUGAUCGCCCUCCUCAGGUCGGAGGCCCUGGAGGUGGGUUGCUGGAUGAGGAACAGCGUGCCCAGAUAUUGCGUGAGGACUAUGAAAGGGUGCGUUAUUUUGGGAUGCAUCCACACCUUUCCACACCUCACCUGCCCAGCCCAUCUCAUGCAGCCCACCUAGACCAGCUGCAUGCAGGCUUGUUGUCUCAUACUCAGCUCCAUCCUCCAGGAGGCUCCACACCUUCACAUCACCCAAGCCUCUAUUCCCGCUUGGCCCCGUUGCAUCCACAUUCUCAUGUUCCCAAUGGAAUUCUCACCAAGACACCCAGUCUAGUUGCGCCCUUGUCAGUUGGGGCACCCCCUCCACUUAUUCCAUCUGUAACGAGAGCCUCCACUCCACCUCGUAACUCCAGACUUGGUGGGGCUGGAGAUUUGGCCCUGUUCAGCUCGCAUAAGGAUGGAGAAUCCAGAUAGUACUUGGCAAGGCUGGAGCAAGGGAUUUACUGGUCUUGAACUGUGACCCUAGAAGUAGGUUAAGCAGGACACCCCAAACCUGCUGAAGCUACAGUGAUCAUACAUGUGUUUUAAAAUUACCUGAGUGGAGGGCAGAGACACUUCAGAGGGCUGCUCAUUAUAAUUAUCCACUGUGGUUAUAUUGGUGCAAUUUAAGGUACUUUUCCCCCCCAGUGCUUUUCAUUUAUAUUUAGGAUUUUCUUAAAUAGGCCUGUGGACAUUCACAGACUAAAGGCUAUGUUCUGUAAUAUGAAAUAUAUACAUACAAGCCCUGCAGCUCCAGAGGUGUAUUCAGAGAUAAAGUUUGCAUUGUACUGCAUCGCGUGACAUGUAUUUCCCAUUUAUGAACUCGUUGCUGUAAAAAAAAAAAGAAAAAAAAGCCAACUAUGGAGAUUUCAUAUGAAGAAGUGGGAAGGAGUCUAAGACAGCUUAGUGCUUUUCUGUUUGUCUAGUGUGUGCUCUGUCUAUAACUAGAUUGAAGAAACUGCACUGUUGGAAAAUGAACUUAAAGAAACACAUCUGCUUUCUGCUCUCGAUGCAUCUACAGCAAGACCAUGAUCAGAGGCACAACUUCCAUAAACGUUACAAUGAACGUCUGCAGAAUUUUAUUUUAAUCUUUAAAAAUAUUAACUGUACAUCUUGUUUGAUAUUUUAAAAUUUAAAUGGAAAACAAACUUUCCCAUUUUCCUACACUCUGACUCUACAUGAGCUGGAACAGAAUACAGUAGAAUAGUGAUAUUCCUUUUGUAAUUAUUAUUGUUAACAUUAAUUACCUUAUAUAAUAAACAUAUUCACUGUUUGUUAUAA